AUGUCUGAGGAAUUGAACGUGCAAUCGAACGAGCAAGUGCUGGCCUCUGGAUCUGCUGAGCAGACUGAGGAGGAGAGAUUGGCUGCGUUGAAAGCAAAGGUACAGGAAAUGGAGGAGGAAACCGCAAAAUUGAGAGAGUUACAGCAACAAAUCAACGACGAAGGAACGGACUCCAACGUCUCUAUGACGGGUUCAGACUCGCAUUUGGACUUUGCAGAGAGAGAGGACAUUGACUCAAAGUCUGUGUUUGUUGGAAGCGUGGACUACGCAUCGACGCCAGAGGAACUACACAACCACUUCCAAUCGGUUGGAAAUAUCAAUAGAAUCACCAUCCUUACGGACAAAGUGACGGGGAACCCAAAGGGAUUUGCUUAUAUUGAGUUUUCAGACCCAUCGUAUGUUCAAAAGGCCAUCGAUGAGCUGAAUGGCUCGGUUUUCCGUGGACGAGAACUGAAAGUCAGUGCCAAAAGAACUAACCUGCCUGGUUUUGGUGGUAGAGGUAGAGGAAGAGGCCGUGGUAGAGGCCGUGGAGGCUUCAGAGCAAGAGGAAGAGGGUUCAGAGCAAGAGGUAGAGGCGGAUUCAAGCCAUACUAA